AUGAAACAAAACCAGCCUACCUCAUCUCCACGUCAUCGCCGUACGACAAGGGAACUCCCAGCCUGGUACUGUCGUCUAGUCAUCCUGACAAUCACAGAGGACCGUGAUGUUGCACCCUGGGACUUUGACGAAGACAUAUCAGAAUUAGGAGAGGAUGAAGGCAACGAAUCAGAUGGCUCAGAUGUCGCAUAUACAUGUGACGACGAGGACGACUGCGAAUGCUACCUCUCGGGUGAUGACGAGGAAUCAGAACAUUCGUAUACAGGAUCAGAUGCCGAUUACUACUAUGAGUUAAAGGAACAACGCACAGACCGAAAGAUGCAGUUACAAGAUGAAAAAGAACAGCAGCAGGAAGAGCGAAAUUCCACUCGGGAGGAUGAGAGUCGCAAGGAACAAAUAGUCUACGCAGCCUAUAAGGCCAUGCUGGGGGUUGAGAAAGGGGGAGACGGCCUUAGGCCUGUCCUGGAAUCCAUCACCAACAAGAGCUUCGACUUGUAUUCUGUGGAUCAUGUCGACCAUUGUUACCACGACUUCUACAGGUCGAAAUAUGUGGAGUUUUAUCAUAUCGACGAGGACGAAGAAUGUUGCAAACCCCCAGAUGGAGAGGCCAAGAUUACCGGCCAUGCAUAUUUGAGUUCAGAUUCUGGCUGCCAAUUCGUGCCCUUCCAUCCUCCGAAAACGGCUGGUUGUCAGAAGAUACCAUUAAAAGCUCAAGCGUCGGAAUGCGAACCUGUCUUUCAAUUCAUCAAUAACAAUUACUUGAUCAUGACUGUUAAAGCCAAGUCAAAUAUGAUCUCAAGGGAUAUUCGCAAGCCAGACGCCGCAAAUAUACCCGAUAUCUUUACCUUUGUCGGUAUUCACAUGGAUCCAAUGGAGCGAAAACGCCAAAUCCUGGAAGAAAUGGAGGAAAGAGCAUCUAAGAGGCGUGCACGCUCUCUGUCACCCCGUGACACUUACUUCGAGAGGAGUCACCCAAUGGGAUCUUGGAAUAUGGGAUGGUGA